AUGGAGAGAUAUAAGACCAGAUUAGUAGCCCAAUGCUACAACCAACAAGAAGGCCUAGACUACAUAGAAACAUUCUCACCAGUAGCCAAAAUGGUUACUGUGAGAGUUGUAGUUGCCUUAGCUGCUGCUUCCAGUGAAAAACCAGUCUGUACACCCCUUGAGUUCAAUCAUAAACUCACUUUUGUUGAUUUUGAUCAGGAAGUAAACAAGAAUGCAUAUGCAGAUAUAUUAGUUGAAGAUAAAGGCAUCUAUCAGAUAUUGAUAGGUAGAUUAUUGUACCUAACUAUGACAAGGCCGGAUAUAACUUUUGUAGUACAACUGCUCAGUCAAUAUAUGCAUACACCCAAAGUCUCUCAUAUGGAAGCUGCAAAGAGAGUGAUAAGGUACAUUAAGUCUACACCAGAACUUGGACUUUUUAUGCCUACUGGUAGCUACAAUCAACUUGUAGCAUAUUGUGAUUCUGAAUGGGUAGCAUAUGUGGAGUCUAGAAGAUCAGUUUCUGGAUAUGUGGUAAAGUUUGGUGGUGCACUAAUUUCCUGGAAAUCAAAAAACUAA